UGUUUAAUUACAUUAUAUGCAAUAAAUCAAAUGUUACAUAAUGAGGUUAUGUCAUUUCCAUGCAUAAGUAAGUGCUGGAAGAUACCACUGGCCGCGUGCCUAAAACAGACGGUCGUAUACGUGACGAUACGAUUUGUGGCUAUGGAAGAAAAUACAGUAUAUAUUCGCCAUCUGAAGAAAUUAUCAGUAGAUGGAAAAGAGUACAAAUUCUUUGACUUACCAAGUCUGGGAUCUAGCUAUGAUAAAUUGCCAUUUUCAAUACGUGUACUACUGGAGUCAGCAGUAAGAAAUUGCGAUAACUUCCAAGUGAAAGAGCAAGAUGUUGAAGCCAUCUUGGACUGGGAGAAGAGUCAGGCAGUACCAGAGGGAGUUGAAGUUGCUUUCAAGCCUGCAAGAGUUAUCCUGCAGGACUUCACAGGAGUACCAGCUGUGGUCGACUUUGCAGCAAUGCGUGAUGCAGUAAAGAAACUUGGUGGUGAUCCUGACCGCAUCAAUCCUGUAUGCCCAUCCGAUCUUGUCAUUGAUCAUUCAGUACAAGUGGACUUUGUUCGGACACAUCGGCCAGAUCUGGACAUGAAUGGGCAGGUUGCAGAAUGUCAAUAUUCAAAGCCAGAUGCUUUACAGAAGAAUCAGGAUUUGGAAUUUGAACGGAACAAAGAGAGAUUCAUGUUUUUAAAGUGGGGUGCUAAAGCUUUCCAGAAUAUGCUGAUUGUCCCUCCAGGUUCAGGCAUUGUACAUCAAGUAAAUUUGGAAUAUCUGGCCAGAGUUGUGUUUGACUCGGAAGGAGUGUUGUACCCGGACUCGGUUGUGGGUACUGACUCCCAUACCACCAUGAUCAAUGGUUUGGGUGUGCUAGGUUGGGGUGUUGGAGGAAUUGAAGCAGAGGCUGUGAUGCUAGGUCAAGCGAUAUCAAUGUUACUGCCCAAAGUGGUUGGCUACAAGAUUACUGGACAGCUGAAUCAGUAUGCAACAUCUACAGAUCUUGUUCUCACUAUUACAAAGCAUCUACGUCAGCUUGGUGUAGUGGGCAAGUUUGUCGAAUUCUUCGGCUCGGGCGUAGCCGAAUUAUCAAUUGCAGACCGAGCCACAAUUAGUAACAUGUGUCCAGAAUAUGGAGCUACUGUUGGUUUCUUCCCUGUAGACAAGAAUAGUCUUGCUUACCUCCGUCAGACAAAUCGGUCUGAGAACAAAGUGCGUUUAAUGGAAGAGUACCUGAAAUCAGUGCGCAUGUUCAGAAACUAUACGGAUGAAUCAGAGGAUCCUGUAUUCUCAGAAGUAGUGACCCUUGAUUUGGCAACUGUAGUUUCUUCUGUCAGUGGACCGAAACGACCUCAUGACCGUGUUCCCGUUGUGGACAUGCCCACAGAUUUUCGGCAGUGCCUGACCAAUAAGAUUGGAUUCAAGGGAUUUGGUUUACCAGAAGAUAAACUUAAUGCCUCAGGUUCUUUCAUUCAUGAGGGUCGUGAAUAUGUACUGCAUCAUGGUUCAGUGGUCAUAGCAGCCAUUACAUCCUGUACCAAUACAAGUAACCCAAGUGUAAUGCUUGGAGCAGGACUUCUUGCAAAGAAAGCCAUAGAUGCUGGAUUAACAGUGCUGCCUUAUAUCAAGACAAGUCUCUCGCCGGGGUCAGGAGUCGUCACAUACUAUUUGAAGGAAAGUGGUGUCAUCCCUUACCUCACGGCACUGGGCUUUGAUAUCGUUGGUUACGGAUGCAUGACUUGUAUAGGGAACAGUGGCCCUCUGCCUGAAUCCAUCGCUGAAGCCAUUGAAAAGAAUGACCUUGUGUGUUGCGGCGUUCUCUCUGGGAACCGCAACUUUGAAGGCCGCAUCCAUCCCAAUACUCGAGCCAAUUAUCUCGCUUCGCCCCUCCUUGUGAUAGCUUAUGCCAUUGCUGGGCGAGUGGAUAUCGAUUUUGAGAAGGAGCCACUUGGACACUCACCUGAUGGCAAACCAGUUUUCCUCCAUGAAAUAUGGCCCCUACGUAACGAGAUACACGAUGUAGAACAGAAGUAUGUUAUCCCCGCGAUGUUCCGUGAAGUGUACGCCAAGAUUGAGACGGGGAGCUCCAACUGGGCGAAUCUAAAAGCACCUGAAGGCAAACUGUACCCAUGGGACCCAUCCUCUACCUAUAUUAAGAACCCUCCAUUCUUCGAAGCCAUGACAAAGGAAUUACCUAACAUUGAACCAAUCGAAGAAGCCCGAGUGUUGCUGAACUUAGGUGACUCCGUCACAACCGAUCACAUCUCCCCAGCUGGCAGCAUUGCCCGCAACAGUCCAGCUGCUCGGUAUCUCGCAGCAAGAGGGUUGACACCACGUGAAUUCAACUCGUAUGGCUCACGAAGAGGAAACGAUGCUGUGAUGGCACGUGGCACAUUUGCAAAUAUCCGCUUAGUCAACAAAUUUGUAGGACAGGCUGGACCAAAAACAAUUCACAUUCCGUCAGGAGAAAUGAUGGAUGUGUUUGAUGCUGCUGAGCGUUACAGGAAGGAAAAAGUACCACUUAUAGCACUGGUUGGAAAGGAUUAUGGAUCAGGUUCAUCAAGAGAUUGGGCAGCUAAAGGGCCUUUUCUUCUUGGUCUGCGAGCAGUUAUUGCAGAGUCUUAUGAGCGUAUCCACAGGUCUAACCUAGUAGGCAUGGGUAUUGUUCCUCUGCAGUACUUGGAAGGCCAGAAUGCCGAAUCACUAGGCCUCACAGGCAAGGAAAAAUACACAAUCAGAAUUCCAGAAAAUAUCCGUCCACUGCAGGAGCUGACAGUUGAGCUUGUUAACGGAAAGAGUUUCCAGGUGGUCGUCAGGUUUGAUACAGAAGUGGACCUCACAUACUUCCGACAUGGUGGAAUUUUGAACUACAUGAUACGUAAAAUAUUGCAGUGAGCCUUAAAAGGAAAUUUGUAGCAUCACAUUCUGCAAAUCAUGUAUAUUUGGGAUACUUUUGACAGUUCCAUCAGUCUUCCUUGUCCUGUGUGGAAGAAGAUAUGUACGUUGAUACAUUUGUCAUGGUGAGAAAUUCUUUGGGCUUGAAACAAGAAUAACUUUGUGAAGAAUAUUGUCAGAUGGGGCAAGAACCAUUUGUUACUUAAACAUUCUUUAUGUGGAGUUAUGUUGUAAAGUAGGGUGUAUAUGCAGUUAAAGCAGUUGUUAUAAAUCAGGCUGGAUUAGGUUAUUCAUCUGUUACACUUUUUUAUUUGGGGCCACAGAUUGUUAAUGUAAAGGUCUGUUAUCUUUAUGACACUGAGAAGAAUUUUGUAAUUGUAUGUACACAAAAAAAGUCUACCUUAUGGAGUGUAUAAUCAAGACUGAUUUAAAAAUUAGUAUGGGUGUUUCAAAGUGUGUUUUGUAUAUGUGCAAUGUUAACUUGAAGAAAUAUUGCAAAUAAAUAUGCUUUUGUUUGGAAAA